AUGAGUGCCAAUAGUCCGACAGGAAACGACCCUCAUGUGUUUGGUAUUCCUGUGAACGCAACACCAUCCAAUAUGGGUUCGCCAGGCAGUCCAGUUAACGUACCACCUAUGAACCCUACGGUAGCAAAUGUGAAUCAUCCCGUUGUGAGGACUAGUAGUAAUAAUAAUGCCAAUGAAGGUGCUAGGACUUUAACCAGGGAACAAAUACAGCAAUUGCAGCAAAGACAAAGAUUAUUGCUACAGCAGAGGCUACUCGAACAACAGAGAAAACAGCAAGCAUUACAAAACUAUGAGGCUCAGUUCUAUCAAAUGCUUAUGACGCUAAACAAAAGACCGAAAAGACUUUACAAUUUUGUGGAAGAUGCAGAUUCAAUUUUGAAAAAAUAUGAGCAAUAUUUACACAGUUUUGAAUUUCAUAUCUAUGAGAAUAAUUAUAAGAUUUGCGCUCCUGCAAAUAGCAGAUUACAACAGCAGCAAAAGCAACCUGAGCUGACUAGCGAUGGUCUAAUAUUAACCAAGAAUAAUGAAACGUUGAAAGAAUUCUUAGAGUACGUCGCCAGAGGAAGGAUUCCCGACGCUAUUAUGGAAGUCUUGAGGGAUUGUAAUAUUCAAUUCUAUGAAGGAAAUCUUAUUUUACAAGUUUAUGAUCAUACGAAUACAGUUGAUGUUACCCCUAAAGAGAACAAGCCUGAUUCAAAUACUUCUUCUUCCCCCCCUUCAAAUAAUGGUAGCACACAGGACAAUUCCAAGAUUCAGCAACCGUCCGAACUCAAUAGCGGUGUAGCAAAUACAGGCGCCAACACAACCAAUAAGAAGGCCUCCUUCAAACGACCUAGAGUAUAUCGAACGUUGUUGAAGCCUAACGAUUUAACUACGUACUAUGAUAUGAUGUCUUAUGCAGAUAAUGCACGGUUUUCCGAUAGCAUUUAUCAACAGUUUGAAUCUGAAAUAUUAACACUUACUAAGAGGAAUUUAUCACUAAGCGUUCCAUUAAAUCCAUAUGAGCACCGGAACAUGUUGGAAGAAGCAGCCUUCUCAGAACCUCAUUGGGAUGACCAAAAAAAAUCCUUUGUUCACGAACAUCGUGCUGAGUCCACGAGAGAAGGCACAAAGGGAGUUGUAGGGCAUAUCGAAGAGCAUGAUGAAUUUCCACAACAUAGUUCGAAUUAUGAACAGUUGAUGUUAAUCAUGAAUGAACGCACAACAACAAUAACCAACUCCACGUUUGCCGUUUCACUAACCAAGAAUGCGAUGGAGAUUGCAAGCUCUAAUUCUAAUGGUGCCCGUGGAGCUUCGUCCUCAACUUCGAAUUCCGCGUCAAAUACAAGGAAUAACAGUUUGGCCAACGGCAACCAAGUAGCUUUAGCAGCGGCGGCGGCGGCGGCGGCAGUGGGAUCCACCAUGGGUAACGAUAAUAAUCAAUUUAGCAGGCUGAAAUUUAUUGAACAAUGGAGAAUAAAUAAAGAAAAGAGAAAACAGCAGGCUUUAAGUGCAAACAUCAAUCCGACCCCUUUCAACGCUAGAAUAUCGAUGACAGCUCCGUUGACUCCACAGCAACAGCUACUACAAAGACAGCAGCAGGCCUUGGAGCAACAGCAAAACGGUGGAGUCAUGAAAAACGCAAACAAAAGAAGCAGCAACAAUGCUGCUGGUAACAAUAAUAGUAAUAACAAUUUAGACAAACCAAAGGUCAAGCGACCCAGAAAAAAUGCGAAAAAGAGUGAGAGUGGUACACCGGCUCCUAAAAAGAAAAGAAUGACUAAGAAGAAACAGAGCGCAAGUAGCACGCCCUCUUCCACUACAAUUUCAUAA